AUGGGUGCCUCGUACGAUGAACAGCUAUCGGCGAAGACCUCGGUUGUGAUCUGCAACCCUCCUACCAUAAACACACCGAAACUCAAAUUCGCCACGGACAAACGGAUACCCGCUGUUCAUGCCACAUGGCUUUGGGAUUGUCUGCGUAGUGGUCGGCUACAGUCGUAUGCCGAGUAUCAAUUGAACAAGCCAGCGCCGCCUCAGCCACAGAAGCCUAAACAGGGGCCUCAACCACAGGAUGAUGUGCCCACUGCACUGUUGUCCACGGAAGAGAGCCUUGAGCUUCGUCAGAAAAAGCAACAGCCUACCAAUGCCGUGAAAACGUCUCUGCAUCCACAGCAGCGUGGUACUCUUGCUCUCACUGCACCAGCAGAUGCAACGCCUGCAUCAACUACAGAUGAGGCGGAUACUUCCAACAAUGAUACUAACGGCCUAAAUUACGAUGACGAUGAGUCUGUCAUACCUGGAUUGGAUGGCGCAGGUUCCCACCCCCUCCAAGAAACCAGCGCCAACUCCCCGCGCCGCCCAUCAACGUCCCCGCAUGCUUCAAAAUCGUACUCACGACCCAGGAGUUCAUCGGCCGAGUCUCUUAUAGCCCCGGCACCCCGCAAGUCCAAGGCUGGUCAGAUCCCAGAUCCGGUCGUUCCUGUUCCUGAACCCGACUCCGUGAUCCCGGCGGAUACCGAACCGGUACCACAGGAAGCACCAAAAGAAAAGGAAUCAAUAAAGGCAAAAGGACCGGAAGAAGAAAAGGAUUACUCUUCAAUCUUAGCUCAGAUGCGCGCAAACCGCAAGACCGUGCCAACGUCCGUCGAGCAGGCACCUGGCAAGACGCGGAAACGGCGGCAGCUUGGUCGCGCAACGUCCACGCGGUCGAACGCGUCAGCGGGUGAUAGCUCCGGGAACAUUCUGGCUGGAGAAGAGGAAGAAGAGGAGAACACGGUGCUGGUGGAGGAAUAUCAGCCUAGCCAGGAGCUAGGUUGGGAUUCUCCUGGUGCUGCGAAAGCGAGGGAGCAGAUGAUCAAGAAGCUGGGUGGGACUAUGCAGGAGAAGAGCGUGGCAGUUGAAGGAAUCGGCGUCGUAAAGGACGUUGGAGGGAAUACUACGGGACGGGCGGGUAGGAAGAGGCGAGGGUGA